GUUGAUCUGCGUAGUACAGUAUUAAUAUUUAACCAUCUGGUAAACACUUUUUUCAUCCUGUAGACGGGAUUUGUUUUCACAAGGGCCUGACAAGGCCUGCUGAUAUCUGAUGUGGGAGCGCGCUUGGCGGGCAAUGAAAAUGGCCGAAGAAGUGACAGCGCCCAGUAAAUGGACCAUUCUUGCCAACUGUAAAACGUCUAAGGCUCGCGCUGGAAUUUUGUCUCUUCCACAUUACGAUGUGCACACUCCCGUUUUUAUGCCGGUGGGAACCAAAGGGUGCAUGAAGGGAGUUCUUCCCGAACAACUCGAAGCUCUCCGCGUGCAAAUUCUUCUGGCCAAUACGUACCAUCUCGCCUUGAAGCCCGGUCCAGAGUUAUUAAGAAAGUGCGGUGGAUUGCACAAAUUUAUGAACUGGAAAAAUGGGAUGUUGACGGAUAGUGGCGGUUUUCAAAUGGUGUCAUUAGUAAAAUUGUCGAAAGUAUCCGAAGAAGGCGUGGAAUUCCUUUCUCCGUACGCCAGUGAACGCCCGGACGGUGACAGUCCGACCAAGUGGAGACGACUUCAGAAGGAUACGGUUGUGCCGCGGGCGAACACGUCCGACGAUGAGGCCAGUGUCGCGGAAGAUUCUGCGGGCGACCUUAUGCUGCUUAGCCCUGAGAAAUCCAUGGACAUGCAGAAUGCCAUCGGCGCGGAUAUUAUGAUGCAGCUGGAUGAUGUGGUGUCUAGUUUGACGACUGGGGAGCGUGUGGAAGAUGCAAUGGAAAGGUCUAUACGAUGGUUGCAACGUUGUCGAUCGGCCCAUAAGCGCCCCGAUGAUCAGUAUUUAUUCCCUAUCGUUCAGGGUGGACUGGACGCGGAGCUGCGUCGAAAAAGCGUGGAAGGGAUCGUCAAGUACGAUUGGGUUGGUUGUGCUGUCGGAGGACUAAGCGGCGGCGAAGCCAAAGACUCGUUCUGGCAAAUGGUGAAUACAUCCACGGAUUUGCUCCCGAAAUCCUUACCCAGAUACGUAAUGGGUGUCGGGUAUGCGGAAGAUUUGGUUGUUUGUUGCGCAUUGGGGGCGGACAUGUUCGACUGCGUUUUUCCAACAAGAACAGCGCGGUUUGGAUGCGCUCUCGUGGCUACAGGACAACUGAAUUUGCGCUUGAACGCUUACGCCAAAGAUUUUUCCCCCAUUGAUUCUGAGUGCCAGUGUCUUACCUGCCGGACUUAUACGAGAUCUUAUUUACAUCAUAUUGUAACAGACAUCCCGACAGCGGCACGACUGAUUUCGAUCCACAACCUUGCUUAUCAGAUGAAUUUGAUGGAGAGAAUUCGCGAGAGCAUUAAAGCCGGUACAUUUGCUGAUUUCGUUCAGGAUUUCAUGAAACGCCGAUAUACAGAGGCAGGACAGGACAUACCGGAAUGGAUUGUAAAUGCUUUGUUGUCAGUUGGAAUCAAGGUCGUCUCUGACAAGACACGGCACUCGAGAUCACCGGUAGUUGACAAUAUUUCCGUAAUCGAGAAGAAACGGAAGACUAUGGAAGGAGAACUGGCUUCCUAAAGAUACGUAGUCCAGGCAAGCAAGCAUUUAACCUUUGGCUGCCCGAUUAUUGUUUUAUGGAUAACAGAAUUAGGGUAAAUCUAGGCAGGCAGACUGUUUUGAAAGUUGUAUAAUUGCUUUGUGAUGGUUGUCUUUCCUGAGAUUUUCCCUUCAGAACAGCAUGAUAAGAUCCGCUGUUUGUAUUAGUAAGAAAGCAAAAAAAUAUCCAGACAAGGGUAUCAUUUGUUACCGGCUUGUUUGUACUUAUAUUUAAUAAAAAAUUGUA